UGAGAACUUUCACCUGACAGGUAGUUGAAAACGUCACUUCGGAGGCAAACGACUAAACUAGCUGCCCAAACACACAAUUCUACGAUGUUUCCGGUGAUGUGGCGCAAGUUAAACCUGGAAGAUUAAAUUUUGUCUCCAAACAUGGUUUUGGACAGCAAGUUUCUCACAGUGAAGUUCUGAGUGGUGCACGCAGGCUUCGACUGAAAAUAAAGACCUUCAAGUAUGUCUGACCAAGGCGCCGUAGUCUUACCUUUAAAUGAGGAGGUGGCGCUUUUACCUGCCGGUCAAACUGCACAGCCACAAACGGUAGAAAUGAUGAAGCCACAUGGCAGCAGCAGUGAAGAGGAGGGAAGCGAGAGUGCAGAUGAGGAGGAGGAAGAGGAGGAAGUGAGGUCUGCUCACCUGGAGCCAAGCACGUUACCUUGGCCGGGAGACAAAGACAAGAAGCUCCUGUUGGAGGACGAGGAUGCUUCAGGGUCCGAGGAGAGGGACACGGGGAUCAGCAGGGGGAGCCAGGACCUGUCGGAGGAGCGGAGUCAGGCAGAGGGAGACGCGAGGAGCAAAUCCAAAUGGAGGGAGAGCAUGCCUGAAGUUGAGAGGUGGAGAGAUGAUGUACAGAGGAAGGAUAAAGGAGAUGGCUCACUCGCAGAUGACGAGGAGGAGGAGGAUAAGGAGUGGAUCUCGGAGAAACAUUCUCUGGGUUUCACUCCACAUGUGGAGAUUUUGUGUCCAACUAGCAAGGAGCCUGUUGAUGGGAGCCGGUACUUAAGGGAGGAGAUGCAGAGGGAGGUGCUGAUGGAGCACAACUCUGCACAGUUUCACCCCGAGUGGGACGAACAGGACGACAAGUACUACCUGUGUGCUGACGAGAACUUUUGCUGUGAGAAGUUGAGGCUGUUUUUAUCGACAUUAGCUGCAGGGCUCCUCUUCCCUCUCCUGGUGUGGGGGGGCUACGCCCUGCUUCCGUUUGAGGCGCCGCAGCUGGGGAACCCCUCCCUCAGGGUGCUGUACACGCUGCGCUGCUCCUUCUUUGCCACUGUCCCCAUCAUGCUCGGUGUGCUGGUGCAGGGCGUGGCCCGGCUGCGUUUUAGCGCCCUGAAGCCCCUCUAUCAGAGGAAGCUGGUGAACAAGGAAGUGAUGGUUCACUGGCACUACGUCAAUGAAUCGAUGCCGCUCUUUCUCUUCUACUUCCUGCAGCUUGCUGUCAUGGCAACCUACAUCAGCCAGGACCUGGUUAAACUGGUGCCCCUGCUCACCAUCAUAUUCGUUUUUGGCAGGCUCAUCUACUGGCUCUGCCUCGCUCUGGACAGCACCGUCAGAGGCUUCGGCUUCGGCCUCUCCUUCUUCCCCAUACUCGUCAUGUUGGGCGUCAACUUCUACUACGUGUGCUCCUCGGUCGGACAGGGCUCCAUUUUCGACGCGGGCCCCCCCGCGACAGACCCUCCUCCCCAGCUGCGCUGGUGGUUUUAAAAAGGAAAGUGGAGGCGCAACACGGUGGAGAUGGUGAGGAGCUGCCAGACAGCACAACACACUCAGGCAUUGUUUGUUCAUUUUUGUAGCUUUUUUAAGAACGUAAUCCCGAAGGGUUCUGGCCUAAUUAAAGAUGGUUGCCGCGGUAACGGCUUGCACAGUUCAGCUGUUGGUUUAAGAUGUUUAUCUGUUUACAUCGCUGCAAAACAAACUCGGGUUUUCCAUCUAAACUGAAACCAACAAUAUUGAUAAUU